AUGCGCGUUGGCUCCAUGACUUCCGUUUGCAUCGUAGCUCUCCUUGGCUCCCAGCCGAUCGCUUCCACGGCUUCUUCCGUGGAGGCGAUGGUGCUGAUGCAGUCGAGGCUUCGAGGUUCCAAGACCUCAGACUUCAUAGAGGACGCAGCUCCAAAGUCAAAGGACUUUGGCCGUUACAGCGAUGAUGAUGAAUCUUGCACGACAGAAGGCUUGAGCCCGGGGGUUUGUGCAUUGUCUUCUCUUGCGCGACCUUUGGCUAGCAAGAGGCUGCGAAAGCCUGUUGCUGACUGUGACGAGAACGAGAGCCGCGAGGGGCUGGCGCGGGCCAUGUUAGAACGGGCCUUGGUGGCGAAGAUUGAGGCGGGCUUGGUGGGAAAUCACAGCGGCUUUGACACGACGAGGCUGCAAAGCCUGGAGAAGGAGUUGCGGCCACUCUAUUCCACACUCCCCCAUGAAGUUCCACUGCCAGACAUCGAGGGCGGCCUCGGCUUGGUGUCCGCACGAUAUUUACUGCACCAGUACUUCCUGCGGCGGCAUUCUUGGCAGGUGCGUGGUCUUAAUCCGGCAGGUGACGGUCGGCAGCCCCCAGAUCAUAAGGAGGCCUUACGCAGUCGUGUGGCUGGGCACCUGCUGGAGCUGCUGGAGCGCAAGGUUGGUGCUCAGGGGCUGAAUUUGAAGACACUGGCUGUGUUUGUGGCAACCCUGGAGCACCUGCUUCAUGGGGAUGAGCGCCAACGUUUGAAGCAAAGCUGGACUGUGCACGAUCUCAACCCAGAGGAUCUCACAGAUGCAGAAGGCUUGCAAAGCGUUUUGGAAGUGUUCAUGGCACAUUUUGUGUACUCCAGCCGGAAAGCUCAAAGCGGCUAUGCUCUGACGUUGCAAAAGGGCCGCGAAGAAGUAGCCUUUGUGGGACGUGUUUAUGAUGGCUGGUCAAAAAUCCGAAAUGAUAUUCGCAACGGGAUCAAAACACUUCGAGCCACAAGAGGUACAGACCUCAGUUUUGAGGAUGCGGUGCAAGUAGCUGACCAGGUGUUGGAAUAUUUCCGUGAUGUCUCUGGCUCCAUGUGUCGUGACAUGGCCGAAAGCUUGGUUCGAAUGCCCGGUGGAAAGCAGGGCAAGGUGCCAUUGUCUGAAAUGCGGAAGAAGGACCUUUUCCGUGAGACGAUGGACUAUCUCCGUGCUGCCAAUGCCCUGGACGAGUCCACUCGUGAUCCUGUCGUGCUGGUUCCAAACUACAUGUUGGGUCCAUCCAACUGUGACGGCACCACUAGCUUCUACGACCUUUGCUGUCCGGACCCGUGUGAAGGCCAGCGUGCCUUCUUUGAGGAAGCCGUGAUGGAUGGCCAACCUGCAGUGGCCAUCGAGCAGAUUGCACGAGAGCAAGGCGCCUCCUCCCGUAUGUUGCCAAAGCUUCAUCAGCUGCUGGAAAGACAGGCAGCACUUCAUGGCCACGAUUUCUCCAUGUGGUUCCAUGAGGCCUUCCCGGACCGCUGCCCACGCCCCCUGAAGGGUGAUGCGGUGCCCGACGCCAAGGCAGAGUUCCAGGCAACGGCGCAGGUCGAGUCUUUAUUUGAAUGGUGA